CCAUUGACUAAAACAAAAUUCUCCCUAAAUUGAUUAUUGUGAUUAGCACUAAUCCUUUAUCCGGGCUGCAACAAGCUCAGUAUAUAAGCCCCUGCAGAAGUUUUCCGACUACUUUUCUGCCGACUAUAAUCCUUCCUUCCUUGUCUUCUACUCUCUCUCUCUCUCUCUCUCUCUCUCUCUCAUGGAAAACCCUCGGACGGUGGAGGAAGUUUUCAGGGAUUUCAAGGGCCGCCGGGCCGCCGUGAUCAAAGCCCUCACCGCUGACGUCGAAGAAUUUUAUCAGCAGUGCGAUCCUGAGAAAGAAAACCUUUGCCUGUAUGGGUUCCCUAGUGAGCAAUGGGAAGUAAAUUUACCUGCUGAAGAAGUGCCCCCAGAGCUCCCGGAGCCUGCAUUAGGCAUCAAUUUUGCCAGGGAUGGGAUGCAAGAGAAUGACUGGUUGGCUCUUGUCGCUGUCCACAGUGAUGCAUGGUUACUUUCCGUGGCCUUCUAUUUUGGUGCUAGAUUCGGUUUCGAUAAAGCUGACAGGAAGCGUCUUUUCAACAUGGUAAAUGAUCUGCCAACAGUAUUUGAGGCUGUGACCGGGGCUGCAAAGAAACAAGCGAAGGACAAGACAUCGGUCUCAAAUCACAGCAACAACAAAUCCAAGACGAACCAGAAAUCGCAAGGUUCUGAAACCCAGCUCAAACCUCCAAAGGCAAAGAAGGAAGAGGAAGAGGAGGGGUUGGAUGAAGAAGAAGAGGACGAGCAUGGAGAUACACUGUGCGGAGCCUGUGGAGGAAACUAUGCUUCCGACGAGUUUUGGAUUUGUUGCGACAUAUGCGAGAAGUGGUUCCACGGCAAGUGUGUGAAGAUCACUCCAGCCAGAGCUGAGCACAUAAAGCAGUACAAGUGCCCGUCGUGCAGCAACAAGAGAGCUCGGCCUUGAUACCUGCUCAUGACGGUUACGUUAGAUGUUCGGAUCUCUCUGUGUAUUCGAGUACCAUGGUGGCAUGAUAAUUAGUUUUGUUUCUUCUGGUGUAUCAAUUGUGGCUCUGAAACGUGUCUUCAAUUUGCUUCUGAUUAGGAAUGAUAUCCAGUUUCACUAUUGUAGAAAACUAGCUUCCUAGUGAUUGAUUUAGGAAACUCUUGAAUUCACUGAUUUAGUCAAUUGCUGGAGCCUUUUCACUGAUUUUAGUCAA